AUGCCGGCCCAGCAAGCAACCCCAGCCGGCCAGUAUAUCCCUAUGAACCUGCACCGCGGUGGUCAGUACUUACCGAACACCCACACGGGGAUUGAACAAACAAACCCCAGCGGCGCAAUCACCUACGACCCGGAAGCCUGCGUCCAGUAUGUGCCGAUGGACCCAGUGGCCCUCAAUCACCUAGUGCCCAGCUUGGAAUCCCUCGGGCCGGCUAGUCUUCCUAACCCCCCGGCCGUACUUCAACACUUGGCUAUCCAACUCAAACAACCACCUGCGACUGCUCCCGACGGGCUUGGCUCCGGCGAGAAAAAGCGGCCCCAGGGCUCGGCGCGCAAGGCCAAACAAUCGGCAGAACAGAUCGGCAAGGAUGAUGAGGAGGCAGUGGUGGGGCGUGCGAACCGGUUGAAAAGGGCCGCAGGCCAGGCUGUUAGUGUCAAGGACAAGGCCGCAGCAAAACAAGCACUUGGCAUUAUCCGCAAAACGGAGUUGUCCAACAUUGUUCCUUGCUUGGUAUGGGGGGAUGCCAACUCCCUUGAGCUCCUGGCGUUCUGGAGAUCCAUGAAGGAUAUGCACACAAAGCUCAAGAAUAAGGAGGCCGGCUUUAAGAACUUCAGCAAGUUUGCCAAGGAUUUCGAACUUGAUCCGGGUCUAUUUCCCCUCUUGGCUGAGCUUGAUUGCGCGCAGUUGAAGCGUUGA